UUGGCUGGAUAUCUGGACCAUGGACAGAGACCCUAGUGAUGAUGACAGUGUGGCUGACCUCAGCUUUGAGGCAGAGAGUCCGGUGGCAUCCCCUGCUGAGCUCCUGGAGGGACUGCCCAGCUACGACUGGCUUCAAGGGCACGGAGGGCAGGUCUUCUUUCCACCCUUGGAGACCCUGACGAGGCCCCGGGAACCAGUGUCCUGGUCCUCAGUCCUGGAUCACAGCAGGGUCCCCCUGGUGACCGAGGAGGUGGCACGGGAGGCCCUGCUCAGCUUCGUGAACUCCCAGUGCUGCUACAGUAGCGCAGCCGCAGGCGACCUCAUCAUCCAGGAGCUGAGGCAACAGACCCUCUGCAGGUAUCGACUGGAGACCUUCAGCGAAUCCAGAGUUAGUGAGUGGACGUUCCAGCCCUUCACCAAUCAUGCUGUGGAUGGGCCACAGAGAGGCACCUCCCCCAGGCUUUGGGAUAUGAAGGUCCAGAUGCCUCCAAUGUUUCAGGAAGACACCAGAAAGUUCCAAGUGCCUCACUCCUCCCUGGUCAAGGAAUGUCAUAAAUGCAAUGGGCGUGGGCGCUACAAGUGCAGCGGCUGCCAUGGGGCUGGCAUGGUGAGAUGUUCAUCCUGCAGUGGCACCAAGCGCAAGGCCAGGCAGUCCCGGAGGUGUCACUUGUGCUCCGGCUCCGGCAGGCGCAGGUGCAGCACAUGCUCUGGGAGGGGGAACAAGACAUGUGCCACCUGCAAGGGAGAGAGGAGACUGGAACACUUCGUCCAGUUGGUCAUCAUGUGGAAGAACAGCCUGUUUGAGUUUGUGUCCCAGCACCACCUCCACUGCCCCAGGGAGCUGCUGGCCAAAGCCAGAGGGGAAAACCUCUUCAGAGAUGAGAACACCAUGGUGUACCCCAUUGUGGACUUCCCUCUGCAGGAGAUCUCUCUGGCCUCCCAGAGGGGCAUUUCAGAGCACAGUGCUGCCCUGGCUUCCCGAGCCCGCAUUCUACAGCAGCGCCAGACCAUUGAGCUGAUCCCCAUCACGGAAGUUCAUUACUGGUAUCGAGGAAAGACUUCGGUCUACUACAUCUAUGGCACCGACCACCAGGUGUAUGUGGCAGACUACCCUGAGCGAUACUGCUAUGGUUGCACCAUCCUUUGA